AUUCCGUAUCUAUCUAAUAUUAUAUUCCAUGAUAUGUUAUUAAUUUUAUAAACACAUCAACUCUGACUCUCCGUGGCCUUUACCAUAUUUUAUAAUUUCGAGGUAAGAACUUAUUUGUUCGGUAGGUAUAGUGCGUAAAAUUACAGAAAUCGUACGAUCGACAUUCAACUGUUCCAACCAAUAAUGAGUGCACCGGUAUUUGAACCUGUGACCCACGUCAUUUUUGAUUUGGAUGGAACUCUAUUAGAUACGGAACAGAUUCAUAAAAAAACGUAUACGAAAAUCGCCAAUGAUUGUGGUAAAGAAUUUCCCGAUGAUUUACGUUUACAAAUCCUCGGGAAACAAGAAAUGGAUGUCGCUAAUUUGAUAAUCAGCACAUUGCAACUGAAUUUAACACCCGAAGAAUUAUUAGAAAAAGCUCGUAUCAUAGAAGAAAAUGAACUAAAAAACGUAAAACUUAUGAACGGAGUCAAAGAUCUCUUGGAUCAUCUCUGUCAGCACAAGAUACCUAUGGCGAUAGCAACGAGUAGUUCAAAGAAGGGUUUCCUCAUGAAGACGAAUCAUCUAAAGAAUAUAUUCUCCGUGUUUCACCACGUAGUCACCGGUUCUUCGGAUCCGGAAGUAAAAAAUGGCAAACCAGCACCAGACAUCUUCAAAAUAUGCGCUUCCAGGUUUCCGGGGAGCCCAGCAAACUGCAAGUGCCUGGUGUUUGAAGACUCACCUAACGGAGUGACUGCGGCUUUAGCGGCCGGCAUGCAAGUGGUUAUGGUACCCGAUCGCAUUUUGCCAAGAGAAUUUACCGCUAACGCUACAUGCGUUUUGGACUCCCUGGAAGAUUUCUGUCCGGAAAUGUUUUCUUUGCCACCACGUGAUUCCUCGGGUUCACACUCUUCUUAAAUGGAGAAUCAUCUUCGAAAUUGAUACCGGCAUCAUAUCCAUGCAGUAUCCACUAUACAAUUGUAUAAAAUAAAAAUAUAUAACUAAUUUGGCCGACA